AUGCAGGGCAAUGGCCCGACCAGCAACGAUUCUCGCUCCAACCCCAAAAAACGUCAAAGCAGCGACACAAUUGACUAUCCGCGUAGACGCGCAACAAUUGCGUGCGAAAUCUGCCGCUCGAGGAAGUCUCGAUGCGAUGGAUCAAGGCCCAAAUGCCGACUAUGCACAGAGCUCAAUGCUGAGUGCGUGUAUAGAGAGCCUGGUAUCAAGCUUGAUGCGGGCGACAAACUCAUCCUGGAGCACCUCAAUCGUAUUGAAGGUAUUCUCCAGUCGAAUCUAGCCGGUGGCUAUUCGCUGCCAACCCAUUCGCCUAGUGGCAGUAAUAGCACCAACGAAGAACUACUCGCAAGCAGUACCAGUAAUCUAUCCGUCAUGGGUAUGAUACCUCCCAUGAAUGGUCUGGGCACUUGGCAUAACAUAUCGUCAAAUAUAUCGACCAUGCCAAAGAUCCAUACGACGCCGGCGCUUCAUCUGCUCCAAUGGCCGAUGAUACGCGAUCUGGUAUCGCGCCCUUAUGACCCUCAAGUUCUUCUCCAACUGGAAAUGGCGCGGGAGCCUCUUUGCCUAGGUACUUCUCUCAGCUUAGACCUCUCAAACACUGGAACCUACGUGCAAGCAUUCUUUGAACGGGUCAAUGUCUGGUAUGCAUGCGUCAACCCACAUACCUGGAAUAGCUAUUACCGUACUGCGCUCUCACAUGGCUUCCGUGAAGGAGCGGAAAGCUGUAUUGUUCUCCUGGUGCUGGCACUAGGCGCUGCCGGAGCUGCCGGAAGCAUAUCUCAACAGCCAGCCGACAAGGACGCUCCUGGCUUGGCUUACUUCUCUGCGGCUUGGGCUUUACUCCCAAGCCUCAUGACAAGGAAUACGAUGCUCUCUGCCCAGUGUCAUAUAUUGGCAUCUGCAUACUUAUUUUACAUUGUACGGCCGCUCGAAGCAUGGAAUUUGUUGACAAGCACAAGUAUGAAGCUUCAGCUGCUUCUAAGUGCUCCUGGUAGGUUUCCUCUUCACGCAAAGGAAUUGAGCGAACGAGUAUACUGGAACACUUUGCUCUUUGAAAGUGAUCUCUUGGCCGAGCUCGAUCUCCCUCAUUCUGGCAUCGUCCAAUUUGAAGAAGUGGUUGGGCUCCCUGGUGGUUUCGAAGAUGAAGAUGAGGAGGGCAUGGGCAGAGAUGAGCUUUGGUACUUCCUGGCCGAAAUUGCUCUUCGCCGCCUUCUCAACCGUGUGAGCCAUCUCAUUUACUCGAAAACCUCGCCAAACACCUCAAUUGCAGCUUUGGAACCACUAGUAGCCGAGCUAGAGUAUCAACUAGCUCAAUGGUAUGAAGGACUGCCACUUCCAGUCCAAUUUCCUCACAGCAGAGUUCCGCUAUCCAACCAUGUUCAGACGGUACUCAGAUUACGUUACUUUGCGUGUCGCACCAUCAUUUUCAGGCCUUAUAUUCUAGCGGUGCUAAACGACGAAAAUACCGCCUUGGAUCCCAAUGUCCAAGAAAAUUGUAGAAAGUGCCUCGAGGCUUGCAUUCGGCAACUGGAACAUAUCACGGCUCACCAUGCCGGACAUCUUCCAUACUUAUGGCAGGGAGCGCUUUCAAUUGUGUCUCAAACACUUCUAGUCAUGGGUGCAACCAUGUCUCCUUCCCUCUCAGCACUCCUUCCACCGCCACAUCAGAUGGAUAUUAUUAUCGACGACGUCGUAUUGGAAAUCGAGCGCUACGCACAUCUAGCGCCAAGUCUGCGACUCUCAUCAGAGAUCAUUCGGGAAGCGGAGGAAAGGCGACAAAUGUUUCUACGAUCCGCAGGGCCGAAAGUAUGA